ACUUCUGUAAUUCCGCGUCUGUUUGCCCUGCUCCGAGCCCUGGAUGUCAUAUUUUUGCAUGAGUAGCUCGCAAACUGCUCCAUUUGUGAAUCUCUCCCUCUCUCUUUCUCUUUCUCCCUGGAGGUGGGGGCAGAGAGGUAUUAGCUGUGCGCCGCAGACAUCAUUAGGAGGGGAGACGCUUUCCACCGUCAGCGCCGGAGCGGAGCAGAGCAGGGGAGCCCUGGCAACAAGAAGACACACAAACUCAGCAGCCCGUUACACCCCACAGUGUGUUAGGGAGGGGGCAUGCAGUGGUCUGGCCAAGUGUUUGUGCAUCAGUGUGGAUCUUUGGAUGCGAGCACCUGUGCCGCCAGCAGGAAGCUGUCACCAUCACUGUGCUUCCUGACGUAUGUUGGUGACUUCCUGGGCCCCCACUGUGAACCCCUGAAGUCAGAGCAGUCCAAGAGCUUCAGGGAAUUUUCAUCCUGAUUGUUUGUCUGCCGCUGCAAGGGCCUAAAAGACAGAAACUACAUAGCUGCACAUCUGCAACUUUCUCCCUUGACAGACAGGAAUGUUGGCUGUAGCUGCGGACAGACUGAACUGAAAGGACAUCGAGACAUCUGAGACGCUUCUCCUCCACUCCUGGAAAGACUCAGUCCUCACAUCAGUCAACGUAAAGCUCUGGACGGUUGUCAGCUCCCAGCUGAGCAGGACACUCCACCUUCUCCGCCCACAUAGCUCUGACUCCUCUGCUCAGGGAGUGCUGAGUCCCUCGGCCCACGUUCCUCAUUGUGGGAUAUAGUCUGGAAACCUCUCCAUGGCCUUUGCUGCCUGCUGACAAAUCAGGAAGUCUGGAGCAGUUGUGUUGAAUGAGGCUUUUGCUCUGUGUGGGAAGACUUUCUUUUGGAGGGAAAUGAUUCCACAUGAAGUACAACAUACUCGGCCCCCCAUCAUCCUCUGCAGCAGCAGCAGGCGUAACGUUGUGACGCUUUCCUAUACCAGACUGGGCUCAGCCCUCGGCCACUAAAGAUUCCUGGACAGAUCGGGCCGCCCCACUCCUCCCAUUAACCAACCUUCCAUAGCUCCAUUUCCAAUCCUAAUUUCAGUGAAACACAAUGUUUGUCAGCUGUUUGGAGUAAAAUGGAGGCAGGUUUUUAAAGGUUUAUUUGCAAUUGGUCUGAUAAAGGAAUUAAGCAUUAAAAGCAAAAAGAAAGGAUUGAAGGAAAGUGACGAGGACAGUCAGAGUGAAAGUUCAAAACAAAAAAGGAAAUUGUACUGGAUCAAUUUUAAAGAAAGAAUACAGCAAGUACAGUUGAGAGUACAAAGACGUGAAGUGAAAUCAGCAUGAAGUCCAACCAGGAACGCAGCAAUGAAUGUCUGCCCCCCAAAAAGAGGGGCACAUCAAAUACAUUACCACCUGAAAGUCGCUCUCCGGCUAUACCACCUGUUCAUGACAGGCCAGAGAACACAGCCUGCUAUGUUAGUGCAGCUGGUGGAAAUGAAAGCAAUAUUACUGCACAUCAUAGCUCCAACAAAACUGAUGGACCCCAGUAUAAAUCUCCCUCCACCUUAUCAGACUCUUCCACCUCCUCUUCCUCUUUGAGGCUAGUAUCAUCUCUCCCCACAGUGUACACAUCCCCCCUAUCUCAAUCUACGAUUGGAGGAACAGUCCAUUAUACACAACUGCCUCCCAAUAUGCAGUUCAUCGCUUCAUCGUACACUACUCCAUAUACAAGCUACAUUUCUCCUCAGAUACUCCCUCCACCUCUCCCCCCACCCCCUCUCUCCUCCUCUUCAACCACACAGAGACCAUCGUACUCAGAGUCGUCACCUGCUCAGACGCUGGUCACCAAACAGGAACAGCAUCGAGCGUCCUCGGGACGUACCUCCAUGCCUCCUCCUUCUACGGACCCUUUUCCCCAUCAUAUUCAAAUGUCAACAUCACCAAGGACUGUGUCAUCGCCUCAUCACCAAGGAGGCACUCACCUACCAUCCCAAUCCAUGCAUCACCACCAAUCAUUUGGGAAAUAUACAGAUGGCUAUAGCAGAAAGGAGGAAGGAAUCAGACACAGAGAGCUCCAUAAUGGGGAGCUAGAAAGGGGUAGGAGAUUUGGACCCCCACCAGAGCCUGGCAUCUUAAAGUCAGGAGGUAAAUCAAGGGAGGACAGGUCCUCCUUGUCUUCCUUUGAGGCUCGUCAUCUGGUUUUGCCGUCAGAGUACUCUACUCAUGAUCACCUAGGGUUAAGAACCUCUGUCAUGUUAAUACCUAAUAGCCAUGGGGACCACCAGUUGGUACCACCCAGAGCCAGCCCUGAGAAACUGACAGCUUCUACGCCCACACACCUGGAGAAAGGCAGCAUGGGUAAGCCUGUCAGUCGCCCACCCUCAUCAUCCAACACCACCUGCUCUUUCACAUUUCCACCUCCACUAAGCGCAGACAGUCUGAAAGCGGCUGUCAGCACACUGCCGCCCCAGACUGUUAUCCAGACCACCCACAAUGCUUCAGAGCCACUGUCAAUGGGACUCCCUUCGACAAGCAUCUAUUCACAGCAACCUCUUAUUGGUUACAUUACAGGGGGCAGUGGGAGCAGCUACCACACCGGCCUACAACAACACUUGCUCAUUCCAGGCACCCAACCAGUCAUCAUCCCUGUUAGCGGAGGUGGGGUCCCCACACUAGAGCCUGCAACCUCCCACAUUACUUCAUCAACUCAAGCUGCACCUUUUCCUGCUACACUCCCUCACACAUACAUCGCUGCCACUGCCCCAAAAGGAGAAACUGUGGAAACCCAAAGUGGCUCAUUCCACGUGGCUGCUCCAGGUGCAGUGGUUCAAGCCCAGCUUCAUCUCCCCAUUGUUCCUGCUCCACCAGGGCUAGUUGCAGCUUCCACUCCUCCAGCUCAUUCAAGUACAGUGGUGUCCCCCUCACUCCCGCCAUAUUUUAUCAAGGGUUCCAUCAUCCAGCUGGCAGACGGCGAGCUGAAACGCGUGGAGGACCUGAAGACAGAGGACUUCAUCCAGAGUGCGGAGAUUAGCAGUGAGCUGAAGAUCGAUUCAUCCACAGUGGAGCGCAUAGAAGGGAGCCACACCUCACCUAACUUUGCUGUUGUUCAGUUCUCUGUUGGUGAGCAUCACACACAGGUGAGUGUGGAGGUGUUGCUUGAGUACCCCUUCUUCGUGUUUGGCCAAGGAUGGUCUUCAUGUUGUCCAGACCGAACCACUCAGCUUCUGGAGCUGCCUUGUACAAAGCUUUCUGUGGGUGAUGUUUGUAUUUCACUUACUCUCAAAAACCUGAAGAACGGGUCUCUGAAGAAGACACAAUCUCCCGAACCAGAAAACAACACUUCAGUCCCUCACUCUAGCCACGGGCACCUUAAACCCCCCAGAGCCAUCUCAGAAGCAUCCCAGAGCUGCAGUGUGGGAAAUUCCAGACACAGAGAGCGCGAGAACGGGAUCAGCCAGCGGGGGAGUGGUGAAAGCGGGAAUGGGAGUGGAGGAGACUCCAGAGUGGAAAAUGGAGAUCUUACGUUUGGGGAAAGAGGAUCUGUUUCCAAAGGUCAGGUUGCCAGGAGCACAGACCCCAGCUUCAGUAAGCCGUCGGGCAGCAGAAAGCGGAGGUGGUCUGCCCCUGAGGGUCGAAAAGUAGAAAAAUCAGAGGAGGAGCCCCCUUUGACCUUGCCCAAACCUUCCUUCAUUCCUCACGACGUGAAAGUCAGCAUUGAGGGAAGAUCAAAUAUUGGCAAGUGAAAGGAAAGCAGGACUAUUAAAACAUUUGGGAUUAUAAAAGAAACAAAACAGGAUUCUUCAGAAAAAGGAAUGCCCACAUUGAUAUUUUAUUUGUUUAUUUUAUUUUUUCUAUCUUGAAUACUGUACAGUAGAGGUAACUGUACUCUACGGCGUAUCACCUUACAUAUUAUCACAUGAGGAAUCGGUGCGGUUGUUGGGGAUAUUUUCAUGAGAUGAUGUAUGCUGAGGGAUUGGGGAGGAGUGCUGAACUUUGUUAUUGGUGGCUCUGUGACGCACUGGCACCAUGCUUGAUGGUUCUGCCCAGCCACAGACACUUUACACAAUAUGUAAAUUUCAAGCUGAUGCAGGCUCUCUUGGUUUUCUUGACAGCAGUUUCCUUCCCUGGGCACUUGUACCGAGACUGCCUGGACGAAAACACUUCAACCACCGAUACUUGCCAAGUUAGCAGUGAAACAUCAGCUGAUUUUAAAGAUUAGGAAUUUGCAGCUAAAUCCUGAAUGUAAUUGUCAAAAGUAAUUGGUAUUUGGUACAAUUUAAAUCCAUCUUUUCUCUAUAAAUGCAUCAGAACAAAUCACGGAGGAGUCACCAAGUAGAGCCAGUGCGUCACGUAGUAGAGAGGGAACAACACUUACUCUGCUUACUUUAUUGACAGCAGAGUCUUUACUUUUAUCUGUAGCAUUUUCAUCUUAAUGUUUUAAUUUUGUUAACCUCUCAUCUUUUAUCUCACAAGAUAGUUGCUUUAAAUGAUUGUCAAAAAAACUAAAUCAGGGGUCAUUUAUUCCUUGAUUGAACCCUAGUUGGGUCAUUGUUGGUGUAUAAAUGUGAUACCCUAAUCUGAUACAUACAAGUGCAAAACACACUGUGUUGGUGAGCAUUGCUUUAAGAAAAGAUGAUUGUGUACAAUCCUAAUUGUAUUUGAUGAAUUGCUUUGUAUUUUUGUCUGUUUAGAAGAGCUGCGUGAGAGGAACAAAGAGAAUUUUGCAUGUGAGCUCUCAGAGGGUCGGGAUGUUUCAAAUCACUUUAAACACCUGUCACACACACCCUACAGCAAGCAGACUUUAGUUGUAUCUUUAUUCACACAGUACUGUAUGUUUUUAGAUAUUUUUUAUUAUUUGGAGAAAAGUAGAAAGUAGCAGCAGCACUUUGGAGAGGAGAAGCAUUUGGAAAAGCAACAGGGAGCUGAUGUGCCAUGGAAACAUAAAGCAGGGGAUGAAUGUGACAGGUAUAGAAGAAAUUCUAGGUCAGACAUGGAUUAAACUGGUGGUGUAUUGAUAACAUUAAUUACAAAUAUAGUAAUUUACAAUGCCUUGCAAAAGUUUUUUUUUUUUUUUGCAUUUUGUCACAUCACAACCACAAACUUCAAUGUACUUUCUGGGGUAUUUUAUGUAAUAGAUCAACACAAAGGAGUGCUUAACUGUAAAGUUGGAGUACAUCAAUCCCAGCUUUUUUUUACUAAUAAAAAUCGGAACGAUUUGUCACAUGAUCUUUUAUAUUCAGCAUAUUUUUACCGGAAUGUAAGUGUAAAAUGUCUGGUUUUCUUCCAGCAUGAUUAUGUAUUUUGUUCCAUACACCGUCUAAUUAUCUCUGAUCAGCUUCCCUCACCCUGCUGAAGAAAGGCAUCCUUUCAGCAUCGUGUUGCCACCACUAUGUUUCACCGUUUGAAUGAUAUGUUUAGUGUGAUGUGCACAGCGUUUUGGAAGGAGGCCAAAAAUGUUUUGGUGCCAUCUCACGAGAGCAUCUUCUUUCACCUGUUUGCUGUGUCCCCCUAGUUUGCUGCAUACGUUUUAAAAGGACUUUGAAUACCAUUCUUUCUACAGUGACUUCCUUCUUGCCACUUUCAUACAGGCCAGAUUUGUGGAGUGAAAUUUGUAUUUUUACGCAGUAAAAUCCACCUAUGUGUGAUUUACUACUUAACUAACAAAUGAAACUUGCACUGGGUUUUAUUUUUUGGCACCACAAAGAGGGUGUUGAAUAGAAAUGCACAUCACACUUCACUCUUUACAAUUAUGUGCUACUUUGUCUAUCAUGUGAAUGCAAGGCAUUGUGUGUGGUUUAAUGUGACAAAAUGUGUAAAAAUAGCAUUGUGGUUUCUUUUGCAAGGUACCAUGCACAAUAGUAGACAAGUAUUGGAAUGUGUUUUUGUAGUUUGGGCUGUGGGAUAAAGGUGAAUAGAAAAAAAAAACAGCUUUUUAAGAUCCCAGUGAUGUUCUGUGCUAAAACAAGAGCUUAUAACUCACCACAUCAUUUUGAAGGUCGUCAUGUAUUUUGUAACGUAUGUGUGUGUGUGUAUGAUGCUGGUCUGUGUCUCUCCAUACACCCACACGCAGACAAAAAAAAACAGUACAGACCAUCCCUGAAAUCAUUGACCUUUGAUAUGUACUAUAUUUGUCAAUACACUUUUAGAUUUCUGCAGGUGCAAGCAUACUUGGUGCACGGUGUCCCUACUGCAAAGACACCGGUGGACUGACAUUGGACUGGUGCACAGCGCUAGCAGUACUGUCAUACUGAAAGUGCUUUGUGGUGCGUUUGUGUAUGGAUGGGAAUUUAGGAGUAUGUGUGGGUGCGUGUUUGCGUGUACAUGUGCAUUGUGCAUAGGAAAGAAGUAGUUAUUAGAUAUAUAUUUAGGAAAUGCUUAAUGUCCAGUGUUUCUACUUGGAGUCUUUACUUACGAGAAUCUUGCAAUUUGCACAUCAGGAGGAGCGAGUUAGGUGGAGACAUGAUUUUCAGUGCCCCUGUCCUGAAACAAACUCUAGACCACAUAAAACACACUGGAGGAAACCAGGGUUUUGUUUUUUUCUGUUCCACAAUAGGCACUUCGCCACAUUUAGAGCACAUGCUUCUACAUCAGCUCUUUAAAUGUCAGUUACAAAAAAUGUAUUUAAACACAGAGCAGAAUUUAAAUGUGCCUGCCUACUGAAUUUAUUCAAAGAAGGAAUAUUUUCUAGUGUCUCUCGCGGAGAUUAUUUGCCUACAGUCGAGUCCUUCGUGAUGGAGAUGGAACGCCUCAAACAGCUGAAAGCCAUUAUCACUAAGAUGUAGCGGUUAUCUCAGCAAAUGUGCUUGCCUGGUGGUUUGUAUUGAUAAAUUUUUUAAUCAGUGAUGUUAAAGGUUCAACACCCUUACACACUGGUUCUUGCAUAUAAAAGUCCUUGCAACGUUGAUUGUUUUUAAAUAUAUAUAAUAAAGGAAAUUAGUUUUUAAAUUUUCUUUGUGUAAGACCCUUUACGCCACAUUAAGACCAUACCAUGAUAUUAAAAUCAGCCAGGAUGUUGAUAAUUGAUAAUUGAUAAUUAUUGAAGGAUUUUCUUCGAUGCUUUAAGAAGACAGUGUGCAAAAUAUUAUGGGUAAAGUAGCAUGAGAGUUACUCAAAUGAUUUAAACACAUUUUUGUGAUGAGAUUAUGGUCAUUUAUUGGUAGCAUAUCAGUGAAGACGCUUUAGUAAGCAUUAGGAGUAGCUAAUCGAUGGCAGAAUGCCAUCAGUUUUGCCCAUUAGUGAUUUUAAGUUUGAGUGGCCUGAUGUUAGGGCUACAACCUUAUUAUGCCCACAUUAGACAGUCAAUAAUCAAAACUAUUUGUUCUUAAGCCUUAGGAACUGCAGCUUCUACAGCUUAAACAAGUGACUCAUCAUUCCAAUAAAUAAAUGAUUUGUAAUGGCCAGGCAGGUAUGGCCUCAGCUCCCUGUGGAAUAGCACACACACCUCCAAAUUGUGAGACCCUAAACAAAGUUUUUCAAGCUGCAGUUCAAAUGUUAUUUUCCAAGCUGGUAAAAGAGAUGGUCUUAAUCUGUAAUGAAGGGGACCAGACUAUAUUUAACCAUGAGAUGAAUUCUUCUGCAAGCAUAUCUGUUAUGCAUAACUGCUUCAGUUCAGCUUUCAUAUCCCAUCUCUUAAGUCAUGGCUUAUUGACAUUUAUCCCACAGGUUGUAGUUCACCUCUAAGGGGCAAUGAUGUUUCAUGUGGUGAGUGUUUGUUGGGUUGAUAGCAGGAUGCCUGUGUGUUGAGAUGGGCGGAUCAGUCAAUGAAACAAGAUGGUAAAGGGGAGUUAACAAGAAGACCCCAAAUGAGAUUUGAAAAUGCUUUAUUUUUUUAUAAUAAAACAGGGUUUUCAGAUCAACAUCACCAUAGUAGUGCUCUUUUAUUUCUUUCCUCUCCUUCAGAAACCUGUUCAAGAGAAAUAGAAAGAGAAGUGUGUGUUCCUGUGUGCAUGUGUUUUACAAACGUAUGUUUCUUGUUCUGUCUAUUCCCUCUUACCAAAAAGCAAGGAAAAUCAACAUUAAAACAAACCUUACCCCCAAUCAAGUCAUCCAAACUUUUGUAUUAAAAUAGGUUACACAUAAAAAAAAUUGUAUACCAAAGCCUAAUUAACCUACUCUUGUUUUGGUUGGGUUAGGAAAGCAAUAGAAAAACCAUAUUCAGGCACUCUGCUCUCAUGAGUGGAACAGUCUUUGCAAUAAACAUUUAAAGAAAAUAUUCCUCCAGCAUACAGUCAACACAAAUGUCUGUCUAUUGUGAAAAUAUAUUUAGGUAAUUAUCCAUUGAUACAACUUGCUUCAACAAAACUUUUCCCCUUUACCAUGAAUUCUACUUUAAUAUCUUGAAAUUGCUUUUGCAGUACCAGUGGCUAGUUUUCAGGGAAGACUCGUAUAUAUGCAGUAACAUAAUUUAACUCCCCCAAACCUCUUCUUUUUCCUGCUGGUCAGUCAUUAACGCUGAUGCUGAAGCUACAGGUCAGCAUACGUCACAUUUACCUGAAGCAACCAGCGCUUUGUCUCUGCCCAGCUCUGCCUCGUUGCCACGACUACAUAGUGACCUCGUUAACUUUGUUUCAGGUACCCGAUCGCAGCCAGCCAACCUCCCAGAUACCUCCUCUUGAGGCAAAGCAAUCGUUUAACUCCGUAACAACCGUUAGCUACCUUUCAGUGUGAUCCUGUCUUCAUGUUAGCGUAUAAUGACCAUUAAAGGGUUUUUCUAGGGGGAAAGGGGAUGGAAAGGGUUUCUGUGGAAAGGCUAUGAUCAGUCAAUAUCCUAAAGGGUAAAGUUAAAAUAAUAAGCCAAGUUUGGAGGACGAAUUUGAAACAGUUAAUGCAGUGGCUAUUGAGAGUGAGGCCAGCUCCAAAAUGGGUUUCCAUUUCAAUGAUUUUAUAACCUUUUUAACCAUUAUCACCUUUUACACAGAUAUUGUUGGAUAUUCACACUGAUCACAUGUUUGUCUGUGGUUCCUUACUGAAAAUGUUUCUUGAGAAAUUCACACGGCAUAACAUAAAGUGUUGAGUGUAAUUGAUAGAUUACACUAGAUUUUUACACUCAAUAAAUUACUCUCUCUUGCAAGGUUGGACUUAAAACCUUCAAAUGGACCACAAUGUUCAACUGACCAAAGAGCAACAUGGUUUCUAUUGUAAAUAACCAUUCAAGGCAGAUAUAAAAGGGGAUCAGAGGUUAUAAAAUAUGGUUCACAUGAAUAGCUGUGUAGUUCUUCAGAUUAGUUUUGCAACUGCAAAAAUUCAUCAGAUUAAAUAAUGUUGCUAUUGGGUCUUUACUGGGGUCUCUCAAUAGCAGUUGCAUAAACCAUAUAAAAGUGGAGGCCCUCGUGCUGCUAAAAACUUUUAGUGAAAGUCUGUGGCAGCAUAGCUUAGCUGGUGAUCAAGUUAUCUAUUGUUAAAUACGUAGAAAGGUGAUGCUGGUGUGUUAUUUACCAAAGGAAACAUGUCAACCUAUGGCAGUGAAACACAAGACAGAUACUCAAUCAUGUGACAAGUAUAUAAUUAAUUCCUUUAAUCCUUAUAGGACAACUGAAAUUGUAAUUUCUCUGAAUCAUCAUUUGGUUUAUUUAAUGUGAUUAUGCUUGUUAAAAUAGAUCUAUUAAACCCUUCUUUUUGCGUUUUUAUCUUAAAAUAAUUUGUUGAGGUAUUGCAAUUAGACCCUGUUUCAGAGUGCAGGUAUUCCAAACCUCUGUCUACCAAACUUGUGAAAGUUAUAUACUGCAGGUAGGACACUGAUUGCGCGUAUCCUCUUCACAGAACCCCACUUAAAAAAAAAAAUCUUGCCACUAAGGUUUUUACUUCACUGAGGAAAUUCUGUCAAUUUUAGUUAAUAACACAAGUGUGUUUGUCAUGGAUGAAGUCGAAGGAGUCGUAAAGGUCUUGUUUUGUUUAUUGAGCUGAAGUUUGCCCAUUUUUAAUCCCCUUAAAAUAUGUCCUAAUGUGCAAUACUUACAUUUUAUUUUCCCCUCUAUUACCGUGCCAAGUGUAUGUAGAGCAUCCAGAAAGCUUUUGUGUUCUAACCUCUCUCCAUGUGUGGCCCUUCUGUAAAACAAUAGUAAGGAGGCUUUUUCUAAGCAAGAAACAAAUCCACCAUAUUUUUUUUUGUUUUCUGUUUUCUUUCCUUGUUACUCUCUUUUCCCCACACCUGUGUGGCCUUCCUCUGUUUUUGUGUACGUCUGCAUCAUGAGUCCUGCGUGUCGUUCAAACACGUGCGAGUGUGUUUUAUGCGUGUGUGUUUGUUGUUUUCUUCUCUAAUUGACUGUGAGAUCGUAAAACCUGAACCUCAAUGGUUCAUGGUGGGACUCACAGAUAAGAAAUAUAACCUCAUUGAUAGUGGGGACCACUUUUUGUAAAAAGUUGGGGGGAAAAAAAGAAAAGUGAAAAAAACCCCAACAACAAACCAACAGAGAUGCACAUGUAAGUAGAUGUAAAAAAAAAAAAAACUAAAAAAAACUUGAUCAUGUUUCAGCACUUUCUAAUCCUGGGACGGGCUCGGUCUAACCCCUCUUUCUCGGACCGCGGCCAGUCCUAGGGAAAACAUUCAUUCAAAAAUACAUAGAGUGACAAUGGGGGG